GGCGAUGGUGAGAAAGUCAUUGAAUAUGAAAACAUUGAAUCAAGUUCUGAGAAUGAAGAGGAUGUUGAUGAUGACAUUGAAAAAGCAAUAGCAAAAGAAAUUAACCAAAUCAAAAAUCUGAAGAAAUCAAGAAGAUUUCAAGGUAUACCUACUGGUGUGAAUGCUAUAUUAUUUAUCAGAACCACAUUAUCAAAGGAAGACCUAAAUAAACUGAUUCACUGUAUACUCUCAGAUAUUGCUAAAACAAAGCAGAACAAAUCAAGGUAAGUCAAUGCAGUUUUUCCUAUUGUGUGCACUCUGAGCAACUUGUCAGUGUUUUGAACAUAGCAGUUCUGAACUGCGCUUGGAACAUGUUUAACAUAAGAAACUAAUUUAGAAAACGAAAAUGUUUCGUUUCUAUGCAGCGCACUCGCACUCAUCUAAACGAAUAACAACAUCAAGAAAAUAAAAUCUAAUUCCAUAUUAAACAUUUUAAAUUUUCACGUGCUUCAUGAGACUAACUAUUGUGCAACAGACGAAGUAGAGCUGAUGUUGUGAUAAAAACACUGGGUGAAUAGCGAGGUUCAGAUUUGACUUCCACUACCGCUACCGCUACCAUUAACCAAUCAGGUGCGUUUCAUAUAUCCGAUCAACCAAUCAGACGCGUACUAAGCCAGUGAGAGGUAUUGGUAGUGUCGGUAGUGGGAGUCAAAUCUGAACCUCUAUAAUGUCGGAUGGCUUCAGUUGUCUUUAGCAGUUCUCUGACCAGUGCAAAUAUCAAAGUAGUGACGGAGUUCUAUGGUGUUGACAGUGAACUUCCUAGCAACGAGAUAAGGACAUUUUCUAGAAUGUCAAUGUCAAGAGAAAUGAUACCGAAUGUCAAUGUCAAGAGAAAUGACACCGCGAUGAUUUUUUUAUUUAACUUUGCCUGUUUGCCACAUACAGAAAUGGUAGGGUCACCCCAAGAGUAUAAACCAAUUACUGUGACUCUUUGCAAUAAAAGUAUUAAUUGACGCCAAGAAUACAAAUAUUUUAAAGCAACAUUUUAAACAUAUUGACUUACAAGUGCAUGGAAUUUCCGGUUCAUAUUUAUGUCCAUGGCGGUGGUGUAAUCAGUGGUGUAAUAUACUGAUAUAGUGUAGCGAUUUUAAUCUGGACUGAAUAUUGCAUAGCCAGGUUUUCUGUUGCUCAUGGAUGUCUGUUGAUCAAGGGUGUUCGAAUUACUCGUAUCUCUCGUCUUUUUCUGAUUGGCAUAAUUCCUUGCUGGUAUUACAUCGUCGCAUACAUCGUUCGCUCCCGACGGAUCAUCCGUGGGCCACUUGUUAGUUCUUACCACGUUAUGGCGUCAUACUGUUUAUAUGUAACUGAACAUGCAGACAACGGCAAUAUGUUUUCUGUUUGUUAAUUAGCAAACUACCACCUCCUCAUGUUAUUAUAUUGCCGCAAUCUAGCAAGGAUGAAGGAGUGUCGGACUUUAUCAAAAGCUUUUCAAAUUUCUAAGUAUAUAACGUCUGUUUUUGCAAGAAUCUAACAAGGAGCCAAACGUAAUCGCAACUUCAAGUCUUCAGCUGAGUUACACAAGAUUUUCCAGAAAUAGAUCCAUGUUGUGCACGGUUUAACAUUUGCAAUACGUGCUCACGUACGCCCGUAUUCUAAAAGCUCACUCACACUCAAUCAGUGGAGGUUCAAUCUGAGCUUUUCUUGAGUGUCAUUGCUGUUUUUGAAUAGGAGGGUGAGUAGUCACAUGGUAAGGUACGACACUAACCCUCUUGCUAUUCAAAAACAGCAUUGACACUCAGCAGAAGUUCAGAUUGAACCUCCACUCAUUAAGUGUAAGCAGGGCCGCCGAGAGGUUGGCGGGGGCCCGGGGCAAAUUUUUUUUUAGGGGCCCCUAUCUAAAAAAUUUCUUCCCGGAAAAUUUUUUUUCCGGAGAACAACCCCUUCCGUCGCCAAAAAAAUUUUGGUCAGUGUACCAUUUUAGGGGUCAAAAAUUUUUUCCGGAGUACAAAAUUUUUCCGGACGAGUACGUUGCAAUUGCUUUCGAGGGACUUUAUCUCAUUUUUUAUGCCAAAAUUCGGUACUUAAACCAAGAAAACAGAUCUCUUGUCCUUUGCGCGGAAAUAUUUAACACACAAAAAAGGCUGGGGCCCAACAAAACAUUUUCAGGGGCCCCCAGCAACUCGGGGCCCGGGGCAAUUUGCCCCCCCCCCCUGCCACCCCCCCUCUCUGCGGCCCUGGCGACGCGGAUGAUCGCGGGACGAGUACGUGGACUAUCACUAUCCCACAAAACAUCAAGGCAAAACAAAAAUUGGCCAGUGUUUUUUUUAAAUUGCUAUUUCUGAAGGUUUAUAAUGAAAAAAAGCGUAUUUUCAUCUAGUUCGUCUAUGGCAAUUUCAUUUCACAUUUGUGUUUAAAAUACCUUUCCGCUAUUUUGUUUGUUUUGGGAAAAUCAUUAAUUGUACUGCAGUACAAUUAAUGAAAUAAUUGUACUCCUUUCAACCAAUUAGCAUCCAGUAAUUUUGUCAUGCUAAUAAUAAAAGAAGUAACAAUAUUAUGCUAAUUUGUCGAAGCAAAAUGACUGAAUGGAAAACAUCUUUAACGGACAGUUUGGGAAGAACAAAAUGUUUUGUGUAAAAUACUAAAAUUUUUGAACUUUCUUGCGGUUGCAUGGGAGUAGUUACAUAUAAAAUUGAUUAUACCAUAGUUACAGUAUAAGUAAACGUUGCUUUUUAUCCACAGCAUUUCAAGAAAUGCUUAAUCAAAAUGAUGAGAAUGAAAGGAAAACUAAAGAGGUAAUUUAGAUUGUUUUAUAGAUUGUUUUCAGUGAUGUUCGACAUGAUGUAGCGACAGCAACAAAGCGGGUUAUAAAUUCAGGUCUCACAAUUUAUAUAUUGUAAAAGUGUGGUUUUAGACUACGUAAUUAGGGUUAUACACAUCUCGCUCUGUAAUUGAAUGUAAUUGUAAUGAAGUUUCGAUAUUCGCUUAAUAUAAAAACAUUUAUUUCUCACGAAGCGGAAAAUGUUAUCAACUUUUAACCUAUAUUAAAACUAUAUAAAUAACAUGUUUUUCUCGCAAAGCGCAAUGAAGUUUUCUGAAACCGGGCGUCGGGUGAGGUUCGCGUAAUCUCAUAACAGAAUGCCAAAAACAUGUAGAGUCCAAUCGCCCGUGCAUGCAGUAAUAUUUCAACAAAUACAGUACUUUACGUCGCAAUGUUUCGAUUCUAUAUAGUAUCUUCUUGUAUACUCGAUGGAAUUGUGUUCCUUUGCUGCCAAUCGUUUAUCUAUAAGACAAUUGCUGAUCACUUACUGUAUAUAAACAGAAUAAAUCGAUGCUUUGUUCCAUAUGACCGUCAUAUAUUCCAUAUGACCGUCAUAUAAUUGUUUCUAUUUAGCUUGACUCCUUUACCUUAAUCGAGAUUGGAAAGGCAGCAUUGAGGAAUGGCGAACUUCAGAUUGCAGAACAGUCUUUUGGUAAGGCGAUACGAAAGGAGAAGUUGGGAGAACAUCGAACCAAACAAAAUCCUGAGGCUUAUUAUUAUCUGGCAGACGUUUUAGAAAAGAAAGCAGGAAAAGACGAGGUGGAAUUGGGACAAAAACAACGUCUUUUACUCCAAGCAGCAUCACUAUACAAUUUUGUAGACAAUUGCUUGAAAUCAGGUUCAGUAGUAGGCGAUUUCGUAGAAAAAACGUCACGGUCACUUCCGUCAAAAUUGAAGGAUGUCGAAGAUAGUCUAGUUUUAAAUAUUGGAGGCAAUCCUGCUCGUUGUCACUUCAAUUGUGAAACCAAGAGAAAUGAUUUAAAACAAUUACGUGAUGAGGUCAAGAGCAUUUUAAUUUCGUUAGAUCAAAGAUUUGAUGACAAAAAUGAAACAAAUGAAAACCUCCUUCGAGAUGUUUUUGUUGAGCAAACGGAAGAUAUCAAUGAAUUGUGCGGAAUGAUAUCAUCACGAAUCAAACAAUUGUUUUCUCAAAUUGUCAAAGAGUGUUUGGAGAUUCUUGGAAAACCACCAUGCGAAUAUGAAGUUGUGGUUCUUGGAUCUCUGGCACGAGACGAGAUGACACCAUAUUCAGAUCUUGAAUGGGCAAUUUUGAUAACUUCUGAAGAGGAGAAAUGCAAGAUUUUCUUUCGUAAUUUAACGAACCUGGUUCAUUUACAGGUAAGUACAGCUUGCUGGAAAAGUGGAAGAAUCAUACUUCACAGUUAGCAUGAAGGGGAUGUAAAUUAUUCAGGUGGAAAAGUCUCAGUUUGCAUGUGUUAGUUCUCUUUUUGUAAUUCGCGAUUUUAAAUGUACUAAAUUUGGUUUAAACAUUGCAACUUUCAAUGUAGAUUCGUUGUCAAGUUAUUGCCUGUGGGCAUUCGACCUGUGGCUGUUGUCUGCGGGCAUUUGAAAAUGGUCUAGUUGAUUGGUCAUGUGUUUGAGAUGAUUUUAAACAAUAAAAAUAGAACUGCUCCCUGACUCUUUGAUUUACAAAUUUUCUCAAGGAAGUACGCUGUUGAUUAAUUGUACCAUGAUAGAACUAAAGAAGAGUAAAUGUUCUUCGCCCUCUCGUAAUUGUCCGGGAGAGCAGUUAUUCAGAAUAACGUUUUCCCAUAUAACUCACCGGAGUACUAAAUCUCAUACUCAUUUAAGACUUAUUCAAAUAUGUUUCCUUAACAGAUCAUCAAUCUUGGAGAGACAAUUUUACCAAGUAUGGGUAUUGAAGUGCUUAACGGAGAUUGGUUUUUUGACGACAUUACUCCACGUGGUAUCUCGUUUGAUGGUUUUCUUCCUCAGGCAUGUAAGACACCGUUGGGGAACAUGAAAGAUUUUGAACUUAUCCAUACUCCAAUUACAAUGGCUAAUUUUCAAACAAGUGAAAUGCAUGAGAAAAAUCCGGGCUUAGCAGAAAUUCUUUUAACUGUCGCACCUCUCCAAUCACCGAAAGAAACUUUAUUCAACGAGUACAAAAUUGCUUUAGGAAACGAAUUGUGUAAGCCUUGCACAACUGAUGCCUGUAAUCAUGGAACACUAGUUACUCAAGCGGAGUGUCGAGCCAUAAAUACCCUUCGAAAAGACGUUUCUCGCUAUGGAGAGUUACUCACAGGACGGAACUUUUUCGACGAUGGAAAAUUGUACGACGUUAAAAAAGAAAUUUACCGUUUAACAGAUCGCGUGAUUGCAGGGCUUGCAAAAUGUUUCGGAAGUAAAACAAGUGGAUCGUUUGAAAUCCUCGACGAACUCCAUAAAAAAGGAGUGCUUUCUUCAAUUGCCCGGGAGAACAUAGCAAGCGCUGCAGCUGUUGCAUUAAAGCUACGAAAUAUAACGUAUUUAGAAGCUGGAAAACAGGGAGAGCAAAUGAAUACCAACAGAGAUGAAAAGAAGAAUGAACCAGUUUACAAUAUGCCUAAAGAAAAAUAA